CUUGUCCCUUUCACACUCUUUAUCUAAUGCCUCCACUCAGUGAAACUGCAUUUACUUUGCUAGCCCGUAUGACCUGGCCCCUUGUGUUUGGUAUAUCUGUUGCUUUGUGUUCACCUUCGAGCAGCAAAAAGCGCCAGAUUACACUGCUGGCCAAAACAUGCCGCAUCCUUUCUAAACGUGCAUUCUUGCAUGAUGUGAACCAGAUGUAUAGAGAUCAAAUGUACGCUCUUAGUGAAGACAAGGAUCAGUACUCGCGUCUCUUCUCAAUUAUUGGCCUAUCGUUUGGUGAUUCGAUGGACAAACGUAGGAAUAUGGAAAGGGGAUUUGAUAUCCCGAUGGCGGUGUUUUUCCUUUUGUGUUCCGCUAUAAUUGCAGCCAGAGCAUAUUAUAAACACCGUGAGCUCCAGGAUAGCUUGGAUUCUGAACUUCCAACAACAGUAACCCCUCUUCUCAAGCAUACCUUCUCCAACUAAGAUUUUGAUGAUAUACAAUCAAAUUGUUUCAACGGGUACGAAUAUAACCAGGUGCUGAUAGC